CCUGUGAGCUCUACUUAGCCGAAGUGGGGAGUCUGGGGAAGCAACGACAACGUCUCUUCAUUCAUCCAUCUUCCAACUUUGUUGUUCGUGCCCUUUUCUCAAUUGAAACUUGGACUCCAAUCAAAUAACAAUAAUUCAAAAUGUCUGGGCCUGGGGCAGGAUUCGAGUAUCCUCCGGUCGAAGUGGCCUGGCUAAAACGGGAUGUUCUCCUCUUUGCAAAUAGCAUUGGCUGCACCGCUGAUGAAUUACACUUCUUAUUUGAAUUACACCCCGAUUUCGCAGUCUUCCCUACAUACCCAAUUAUCCUGCCUUUCAAACAAGCAACGCAAGAAGUGAUUGACUUCUACAAAGCUCAGGGGGCUGUGCCGAUUCCGGGAGUUCCUAAAUUUGAUGCUCGCCGAGUCGUCGAUGGCCAACGUCUUAUGACUUUCCUCAAGCCUUUCCCCACGACCUCCGAAGGUCGAAAAUUCGAGCUCCGCUCGAAGGUCAUUGGUGUUUAUGACAAGGGCAAAGCGGGAAGUGUAGUUGAGACACAACAGGAUAUCGUCGAUAAGGCUACUGGGGAGAGCUAUGCUCAAGCUGUGGGCUCUGCGUUCUUUGUUGGCCAAGGAGGAUGGGGUGGUCCAAAAGGAAAUCCCACUAAGAAUUUCCCACCUCCACAAGGAAAGAAACCAGAUGCUGUUGUGAGCCAUCAGACUACUGCCGAAUCCGCUUUACUUUACAGACUAAAUGGCGAUUACAAUCCUCUCCACGCCACCCCGGAGCCGGGUCAGAAUAUGGGCUUCGGGGGGGCCAUCAUGCACGGUCUGUCAUCUUGGAAUUUCGCAGCCCAUGGUCUUUUGAAGGCUAUCGGAGGGAGUGACCCAAAGAACAUCCGUGAAUUCCAAGCACGUUUUGCCUCACCUGUCAAGCCAGGCGACAAGCUCGUUACCGAGAUCUGGAGAACUGGAGAGAUGAAGGGAGAGUGGGAGGAAAUUAGAUUCGUUACCAAGGUUGAAGGUGGGAAGGUAUGCUUGAGCAACGGGCGAGCAUUGAUGAAGCCAGUGGCUUCCAAGGGCAGCAAGUUGUAGAACUUGACUUUCAAAAAUGGUUUCCUGGAUAGGUACUGCCUUUAAAAUCUAAGAACUUCAGCACAUCUCACCCCUACGCGAAAUUGAAAUUAUCAGAAUAGUCAAGAGCUGAAGUAGCUCAAGUCAAGGUCCGAAACUAUGCGAAGUAUCUCAGGGUGGCAUUGGUGGCUUGAAAAGUAGCUGGAAGCCAAAGACCAGUGCAGACACCCCCGCACGAUAGCAUCUGCCCUCCGCAGACGGAGUAAGACCUGAGUCUAACAGGAGCCAUUAUAUAUACGCACAGAAUGCCAACCCUUGAGAAAC